AUGGCGGCUCCGGCUCCGCCCGGCCUGUGCUGCUGCCGCAAGGGGCCCCCGCCCGGGCCCGAGGCGCCGCCGGCCCCGCCGCCGCCGCCCCCGCCCGAGCCCCCGCCGGACGUGGCCUCGGCCUCGAGCUCGCAGCUCUUCCGCCUCCGCCACCUGCACCUGGGGCUGGAGCUGCGGCCCGCGGCCCGCGCGCUGGCGGGCUGCCUGGUGCUGGAGCUCUGCGGCCUGCGGGCCCGGCCCCGGGCCCUGGUGCUGGACACGCACCCGGCCCUGCGCGUCCUCUCGGCCGGCUACCGCCGCGCCCCGGCCGGGGAGGGGCCCUGCGCCUUCGCCUUCCCCGCGGGCCCCCCGCCGCCCGACCCGCUCCCGCCCUGCGGCCCCGCCUGUGCCCUCACCCCGCUCCUGCCCGACCCCUCCACGGGCUCCUCGCCCUCCCUGUCCGCCCCUUCCACCGCCUCCACCCCCCUCUCCGCGCCUGCCACCCCCGGGCCGGCCCCUGGCCCCGGGGCCCGGGCCCAGCCCGCUGACCUCCCGCCCAGCCCCCUGCCGUGCCCCUCGCCUGACUUGCCCCCCGCCCCCGACCCGCCGCCCCCGCCCUUCCCCAGCUUCCCCGACCCCUCCGCCGCCCCCUGCCCUCUGGUCUUCAGGGUAGACCCCUUCACCGACUACGGCUCCUCCCUCACCAUCUCCCUGCCCGCUGCCCUGCAGCCUCACCAGCCCUUCCAGAUCAUCAUCCGCUACACCACCGCCGACGGCCCGGCCAUCUGGUGGCUGGACCCAGAGCUAACGUGUGGCAAAGCCAAGCCGUUUGUCUUCACCCAGGGUCAUUCAGUGUGUAAUCGGUCCUUCUUUCCCUGCUUUGACACACCAGCAGUGAAAUGCACCUAUUCAGCUACAGUCAAGGCCCCUGCGGGAAUCCAGGUGUUGAUGAGUGCCACCCAAAGUACCUACUUGGAGCAGGAGGGCAUAUACCAGUUUUAUAUGGAAUAUCCAGUUCCUGCCUACCUCGUGGCUCUGGUGGCAGGGGACCUUGUAUCUGCAGACAUUGGCCGCAGGAGUAGGGUGUGGGCAGAACCUUGUCUGCUGCCAACAGCCAUCAGCAAGCUGUCUGGCAUGGUGGAGAGUUGGCUGAGUGCUGCAGAGAGCCUCUAUGGCCCCUACAUAUGGGGAAGGUAUGAUAUUGUUUUUCUUCCUCCAUCCUUCCCCAUUGUUGCUAUGGAGAACCCAUGCCUGACCUUCAUAAUCUCUUCCAUUCUGGAGAGUGAUGAUUUCCUCAUCAUCGAUGUCAUUCAUGAGAUUGCCCACAGCUGGUUUGGCAAUGCAGUCACCAACGCCACAUGGGAGGAGAUGUGGCUGAGCGAGGGGCUGGCCACAUAUGCACAGCGCCGGAUCACCACCGAGACCUAUGGUGCUGCCUUCACAUGCCUGGAGACUGCAUUCCGUCUUGAUGCCCUCCACAGACAGAUGAAACUCCUUGGGGAGGACAACCCUGUUAGCAAGCUUCAGGUUAAGUUGGAGCCAGGUGUGAAUCCGAGUAAUCUGAUGAACCUGUUCACCUACGAGAAAGGCUACUGCUUUGUUUACUACCUGUCCCAGCUUUGCGGAGACUCCAAACACUUCGACUCCUUCCUCAGAGCGUACAUUGAGAAAUACAAGUUCACCAGCGUUGUAGCCCAAGAUCUUUUGGAUUCCUUCCUGAAUUUUUUUCCAGAACUGAAAGAGCAAAGUGUUGACAACAAAGCAGGACUGGAGUUUGAACGUUGGCUCAAUGCUACAGGACCUCCAUUAGCUGAGCCUGACUUAUCUCAGGGAUCCAGUCUGAUCAGACCAGUGGAGACACUCUUCAAACUCUGGACCACUGAGCCUCUUGAUGCCGUUGCUGCUGCUAGCAGUGUUGACAUCACUAACUGGAGACCGUUCCAAACUGUGCUUUUUUUGGACAGAUUGCUGGAUGGGUCACCGUUGCCUCCUGAGGUGAUAAAAAAGCUUUCAGAAUGUUACUCCUCUCAGCUGGACGCCAUGAAUGCAGAGAUCCGUAUCCGCUGGUUGCAGAUCGUAGUCCGAAACGACUAUUACCCAGAUUUUUACAAAGUCCGACUCUUCUUGGAAUACCAGAUGUCUCGAAUGUACACAAUUCCACUUUAUGAGGACCUCUGUACUGGCACCCUGAAGUCCUUUGCCUUAGAAGUUUUCUACCAGACCCAGAACCAGCUGCACCCUAACUUGCGGAAAACCAUUCAGCAGAUUUUGACACAGGGCUUGAAUCCUCUUCCCACCACAGACACUACAGCAGUUGCCACAGACACACCAGCUCUGGUGCUUGAGGACAAACCCUCAGAGGCCGCUAACAGUGCCAUUUCACUCAGGGAUGUUAACGUGUCUGCUUAGAUCACCAUCUCAUGCCAGGCACAACGCUUCAAGAGCGGGGACAGGAACAGAAGAAAAAUAAAAUGCAUUGCCUCCUUUUCCUCAGCCCUGCAGCUGCCGUCUUCUGUAACUGGAUGUUUUUAAAAUCCCCAGACACAAAGCAAAUGUGCCUUCAAGUGCCCAACACAGUGACGCUGCCAAGUUUCAGGGAUCUCUUUCCGAUGCAAGCAGGAACUACUGUGGGAUGGAUAUUUUGAUUCAUUGCAUCAUGGACAGGGACUUCAUGGAGGUGUUUCCCCUCUGCAAGUGGAUAGUUCUCUUUUUGGGGGGCUCUUAUGGAUGGGUUUGUUGAGUAAUCUGAGGUGACACACAGUACUUGCUGUGUGUGUCGGGGUGUGUGUGUGUGUGUGUGUGUGUGUGUGUGUGUGUGUGUGUGUGUGUGUCGCCAGGAGGAUCAAGAAGCAGGAUGAUUGGGAUUUGGGUCAGAGCUCUGUAAAGAAUAGACUUUUUAGAAUUUGAAGUGGUGGCGAAUAUGGUUUCUGCUUGUGCUCCUUCCUGAGACACAAACGUGGGAUUUGGAAGGUGGAGAACUAAUGCUUAUAUAAUUGAGAAUCUAGUUUAAAACAGCACCUGGGUUUCUUCCAGAUGGAUACAUAUGGAGAGCAUAGAAAUCUCAUGGAGGAUUUAAAAUCCUCCCCAUUAACUCAACCCUGCCUUCUGUGUUCCCUUUGCACUGAUUAGAAAUGACGAGCAAACAGAUUGGGAUUUUCAAAGGGGCCUAAUGGAGUUCAGUGCACAAAUGCCAUUGAAUUUCAAUGGAAGUUGGAAACCUAAAUCCCUUAAACUCCUUUGACAAGCCCAGCGUCAACCCUCGCUAAUUUCCUGGCAUGUAGAGCAUCUGCAUCCUUCAAAUGGCCUGUGUUCUUCCUACUUACUUGCUUUUGGGAAUAAUAAAUGGGACCUUUUAUUUAAUUUAAAAAAAUCACCUGCGUGCACUGGACCUGCAAGACAACCAUGGAGAUGGUGACCAUGCUAAAAUUCUAUUUUAUAUUUCCCCCCCCCCCCCUUGGUCUGAAUAACAGUCUGUUAGAGGGAUGAGGGAAGCAGCCUUUCUCUGGAUGCAAAAUGCUGGAGCCUAAACCCCACUUUACUCAAGUCUGUUCCUUGACUUCUAAUGGCCGUGCAAUGCCAAGGCAUAUACCAGAGUGCUUCCCCAGGAUCGCUGGCCAGGCACACUUGACUGUUACUAGCAAAAAAAAAAAAAAAAAAGAGAAUCUCCACUGUCCAUUCCCUGUGGGUGAAGUGGUGUUGUAGUUGCUCAUCAGAAAUAAACACAUGGGGCAUCCUUUGGGAAUCGCUAGUGCAGCCCUAAUAAAUGACACAACACAGGCGAUACAGUGGGGAUUCUAAAGAACUUUUUCUGUUCUAAAAUGUGGGCAGUCUCUCAGUGCCUCUCUGUGGGUGCCCUGCGGCUCUCUUGGAACUGAUGUAGCAUUGUAGCAAGUAAACUAGCUUGAGUAAACAGUGAAAGCUUUGGAGUAGUCUCAGCUAAAGGAGAACUGAGCUGGAAGCUGCCUUUUUCGGACGAGAGGGUGUUUUUAAAAUACGUCUGCCUAUGUUUUCUAAGAGGGGCUGUUACUAAGUGCCUGUUAGACAUGCCCGCUCUAGUGACUUCCCCAGUGUUUUCCGUGUAACAUCGUUUGUUCUGACAGACGUUUUAGCACUGCUGUGAAGAUGUACAUAGCACUGGCAAGAAAGGAAACUUGGGGGAUAUUACUCCAAAUGAAAUCAGUUUACACCCAUGUACUGAUGGGGAUUUAGGUGCUGUUAUUGACCUAUUUUUCUGGCCUUAAAUGAAGUUGGAUUUCACAUUCACCUUAGCCUGGGCCAAACUGGGAUAAAGCAAUAAUGAACUCAGGCCUGCAUAGUACUACAGUCCUUUCCAAAAUGUACCAUCAGCAUUUGGGAGCUUGAUAUCUCCAGGCUGUGUUCUUUGCUCUUUUAAUGGGAUUAACCUUUUUCUGUUCAGUGGGGUUUUCCAUACAAUUCUCUUUCCUUUCGUUCAUUGUUACCGUGUUACGCUGAUUUAUGCAAAUUGACCUUUCCGCUUCCUUUAUUGCCAUUGUUGGCGCUGAGUAUCCUGGACACCACUGCCGGCAGUGACAGCCUGGCUAAAACCAGUGACCACUAGCCUCAUUUGCAGCACCAGGCCUCGGUUUUGCAGCAUUUUAUUUUGCGGGAGAAUGUAUAUGACCCUGGUGGAAAUUUUUUAAUUUACAUUGAUGCCUUAUGAUUAAAUAUCAAAUUAAACUAA